UAUUAGUGUUGUUAUUAACUGGAUCACAGGUCACAUACAGACAUCAUCAAUAUUUGUAAAAGCAUAAAAGGCAAGGAAAGGGGAAGUGUAGGAGAAGAAAGGGGAGGUUAUAACAAUGGCGUCGGCGACUCCGAAACAGAUGAUAGAGCCGCAGUCUUCGCCACAGUUGUUGUGCGUUAAGAGCUCCGCCGGGAUCCUCAGCUUCGCCGCCGGGAUGGCAAGUCCGAUGGCCGACGACAGGGAGGAGGACAUCACCAAAUCCGCCCUCUCCGCCUUCCGCGCAAAGGAGGAAGAGAUCGAGCGGCGCCGCCGAGAAGUUACGGAGAGAGUUCAGGCCCAACUUGGCCGCGUUGAAGAAGAAACUAAACGCUUAGCUGAAAUCCGAGAGGAACUUGAAGGAUUUGUUGAUCCGGUGGGGAAAGAAGUUGCGGUGGUGCGCAAGAGGAUUGAUCUGGUCAGUCGCGAAUUGAAGCCGUUGGGACAGACCUGCCAAAGAAAGGAAAGGGAAUACAGAGAAGUUCUGGAGACGUUUAACACGAAGACGAAGGAGAAGGCACAGCUAAUCACCAAACUAAUGGAGUUAGUGACAGAAAGCGAAAAGCUGAGGAUGAAGAAACUGGAGGAUCUGAGCAAGAACUUAGAUUCUCUACUCUAAUUAUAUAUGUUACAUAUAUAUAUAUAUAUAUAUAUAUAUAAUAUAUAUAGAACUCUGAUGAUCUUUGAGUUGGUAACAGUUUGGUGAUUUGCUGUGGUUUGUAUCGGAUUGUUCUUUCAUUUGUAUCAUUACUUUAAUUGAUCCAGGAUGUUUCUCGUUUUAAGUUUGGGAAAACGGGGUUCAUUAUUUGUGUCAUUAACUGCGUUGGUUACGUUGGGUUUGGAUUUGUUUGAUUAGGUCUGAUGAUGUAAAUGGGGAUUUGUCAGCAAAAAAAAAAAGUUUAUUAAAUUACUAUAUUUUAUGUUGU